ACCACUCAUGUGCUCGACUAGCCUUAGCUUCUUCGCUUCCGACGAAGUUUAUUCAAAACUUCUACACAGUCUUACUAUGAUUGAAAUAGUAACACAUUCCUUCGGAGCAUACAUUAUAAUUUCAAAAACUCCAAAAAUGUUUGAAUCCGUGAAGGCUGGCAUGUUAUUUUUACAUUUUGUUGGAGCGAUUGUCGAUUUGUACUUUAGUCUUUUAUAUAUGCCAGUCGCGCUGGUACCAGUUUGUGCUGGCUAUACACUCGGUAUUCUUAAACGAUUCGGGGUUCCUAGUUUGGCGCAAGUUUAUAUGGGCGUUUGUUUACUAGAAGUUAUGAUUGCAACAAUUGUCAUAUUCCUAGAAGACCGACGAUAUCGUUUGAUUAACGGUCAAAAAUAUAGCACAAUGAGGAAGUUGUAUCGUUUAUUAUUUGCGACAGCAUAUGCUUUGGCUUUAACAUUUCCCGUUCCCAUAUAUUUGUCUCUUCCGAACCAAGAGGAUGGAAAACUUGUGUCACAAAAUAGUAAUCAUUGUGUUCCGAGCGAAGUUUUCAACAAUCCCCAGUUCUUUUUAGUUGAUCUUACUGGGCUCAAAACAAUGAUUUGCAUUCUGUGUUCCCUGAGUGUUCUCCUUUUUCAAAUGUCAUUGCAAUUCGGACUGAUCUUCCGUCAAUUGCUCAAACACGAACCCGUUUCUAGAAAUACACAGAGACUACAACAUCAGUUUUUCAUUGCGAUGAGCUUACAAGUAAUUAUUCCAAUCGUUAUCCUAGCUUUUCCAGCGUUUUAUUUCGGUUUCUCGGUUUACUUCAAUUAUUAUAACCAAGGCGCAAAUAAUCUCACAUUUAUAUUAAUUGCCAUACACGGAGUACUGUCUACCAUAACAAUGCUCAUGGUGCACACACCGUAUAGAAAAUCAAUUAUCGAGAUGCUUCAUCUGGAUUCCAUUCAGUCAGAUGGCAGUGCUCGUUUGAUUUGGAAGUUUUCAACAAGGACAAGUAAUAGAUUUUAAGAUUUUAAUUACUUUAUGAUUUUUUUUUGAAUUAAACAAAAUAAAAGCGUAUCUACGCCUGGAAUCUUAUAAAA